CCUACCAUUUCACAGGAGAGAUUAAAUAACAUCAACAAAGCCGCUCUCUUCCGAUAAUUGUCACAAUUAUCCCGUUCAAUCGAAGAAAGGAUUAUUGUGCUAUUGCCAUCUCUAGUUUUCAUUAAAUGUAAAAUGGCGACAAUUUCCCAUAACUAAUUGCUGGACGGCUUAGUUUUUGCCAAUAAGUAGAUACAAUUUUCCGAGGAAAACAAGAAAAACUGCCUAGGAAUUGUUUCAUCAACAUUUCCCCUGUGUUAUAUGCAAGAAUAAACACGUUGUACUGAAUCUAAAUUUGUUGUUCUGCAUUGACAAAGUUUCUUGUGUUUGGAGAAGAGGAAAAAAUUGUCGGGUGUAAUAAUGUGGAACCAGUGGUCGCAGUAUGCGACACAACCGCCGUUACCAAUAACAGCAGCACCGCCACCACCCCCUAGUGAUCCGAUUCAAACGGCACCACCUCCACCCGGUCCAACUGCCCCAAUGAUAGGGGCUGCGGCUCCACCGCCCACAGCUGCAGCUGCCGUUGUAAAUCCCGCUGCUGCCGCUGUAGCAGCGAACCCGUAUUCUCAAUAUACCGCUGCUCAGUAUGCUGCCUUGACACCAGAACAACAAUACACUCUGCAGCAACACUGGCAACAAUGGCAAAAAUAUCAGGAAGAAUAUGCUAAGUGGCAUGCUCAGUAUGGAGAACAGUAUAAACGAGAAAUGGAGGCAGCGACCAAGCCGGCAGCUGCACAGACCGCCGUGGUGCCGGCUCCAGGAUAUCCAGGUUUUAUUGGUCCAGUUCCACCAACUGCAGCACAAGAGGCUGAAGCCAAAGCAGCAGUUAAUGCAACGAAGAUAACUGGACAACCGCAAUUGUACAAUCAACCUCCACCCCAAAUUGUAGCGGGUAAUCAGUAUACAGCUGCUAGACCACCACCACCAAUUACAAAUUCACAACAACCACAAGGGCCGCCACAACCGCCACAGUCUCAACCUUCGUAUCAACAACCACCACCCCAGUGGCAAAGUCAUCAAUCCUAUAAUCAACCACCUCCAAAUUUCAAUGCUUCUUUGGCACCACCUGUAAAUUAUCAAAAUACCAAUGCCCCGAAUCAAUGGCAAACUGGUCCUCCACCCUUCUCGAAUCAGCGAAAUCAACCGCCACCACCACCUACAGAAUCAUUUGGAGGUCCAAAUAAGGGAGCAGAUGCUAAUAAGCCGGGUCCAAAUGAAUGGAACAACAGAGACAGUUUUGGUGGUCCUGACAAUAUGAACCGUGGUGGCAGACCUGCAGAAAAGUGGGAAGAGGGUCCACCACCUAAUCGUGGAAAUCCCAAUAUGGGUCCUAAUGAUUGGCAGCAGGGCAGGGCACCUCCCAAUGUCCGAGGACCUAAUAAUUGGCAGGAUGAUUCCAAAGGUCGUGAUAACCCAGAUGCGGACGAUUGGCAAAAUUCACGUAGUAAUUCUAGAAAUCGUAAUCGUAGUAAUGAGCGUGAUGAACGUUGGAGAGGUGGUCGUGGGGAUGCAGAUGGUCCCUGGAGGGGAGACCAUGGCAACAAUGGUCCUUCCAACAAUCGCGACGAUAAUCGGUUUAACAAUUGGAAUGACAAUCGUGGCAGAAAUGAACCCAAUGAUUGGCGAGACGGUCCAAAUAAUAAUCGUGGAAAUAAUCGAAACAAUAGAGACGAUGAUAAUCGUGACAUGGGUCCGAAUAAUCGUUUCAAUGCUGGCGGUUGGGAUAAUAAUGCCCGAGGUCCCAGAAAUUGGCCAGAUGGUCCAAACAAUCAAGGGAAUAAUUGGAAUAACAAUAACAAUCCUAAUAAUCGCUUUGGUGGACCACCCAACAACCAAGGAGGAAAUUCUGGUGGCCGACCUGUACCCGACAUUGACGAAGAAAUGUUCGAUCGUCAAUUUAAACAAUGGGAAGAACAAUUUGAGGAUUGGAAGCGAGCCAAUGCCAAUCAUCCUGAUCGUGAAAUGUACGAACGCUAUGAACAAGAAUUCGAGAAACAACGUAAGCGUAUCAUCGAAAGACGCGAGCAAAUGCGUCGCCGUAAAAUGGAACGCAUGGGAUUGGAUCCAAAUCAGGCACCGCCAUCAGCGAACAUGCCAGGUAAUAGUGCUAGGCCUGGGCCAUACAGUAGAGAUUCGUCUAGAAACCGCGAUGAUUCUACAUCAUCACAUCGCGGAAAUCGAGAAGAUGAUAGAUCAGUACAUGAUGAUGAAGAUGACGAAGUUAAAAAUGAUUCUAAAUCCCAAACAUUGGAUGAUAGAGAUGCGGAUGACUCGGCUACAGACAAAGAUAUGAAUGACACUGCCAAUAAAGCACAACCCAAUGCGCCAGUUUCAAUUAAAUUUAAUGUUCAGAAAAACACUCCGUUGGGAAAACGUAAAUCUCGGUUUGAUAACAAUGGUCCUACGCCCAGCAAGGUGGGAAAACCACUCAACAAAGGUGCCAACGAUCCAACGGAAGUUAUAAAUCUUGAUGAUGACGACGAUGAUGAUGCUGUGGACAGUAGAAAACAAUCCGAAUCGGAAUCUGCAACGGAAACAAUGACUGAAAUAUUUAAGAAAUCUGAUGGUAUACCAGGAUUGGAUUUGGUCAACGAUGGAAGUGCUGCUUCUGUGCCGGAACAAUCAAAAGAUAAAUCCGAGGAGAAUGAAGAUGCCCCGAAGAAUACCAUAAAGAAAAAUGAUAAACCAAUUGCUGAAGUAAGACCCGCUACUGCUGCAGUUAUACCGGAUAUUUCUAAGACCCUAAACGAUCCAGAAUUUAUGAAGAAAAUUUCUGAGGCUGUGGCAAAGGCUCAGGGUAAAGACGAUGUAGUAGGACCAAAACCGAUGCAGCGUGGUGAUUGGCAGCGCAAUAAUCAACCGGAUAUCGACAAUGAAAACUCAAAUGAUAGAUUUUCCGGAACAAAAUCAUUUGUUGAAGAUGAAAACUCUAAUGCCAGUUAUGGGCGAUCUUCUAGGCAAGGAAUGGAUGACGAUAUACGCCAAGAAAACUUUGGACCAAAUCGAGGAGGUGGUAAUAAUUGGGGUCCAAAUGAGGGACCAGGACCCUGGAGAAAUAAUGAUUUCAAUAACAGUGGCCCCAACAAUUGGAGAAAUAAUGGUGGUCCCAAUAAUGGUAAUUGGGGGCCUAAUGGUCCUGGUGGAGGACCGAACAAUAACAACUGGGGGCCUAAUGGACCUGGUGGAGGACCGAACAAUAACAAUUGGGGUCCUAAUGGACCUGGUGGAGGACCGAACAACAAUAACUGGGGUCCAAACAAUAACAAUUGGGGACCUAAUGGCCCUGGUGGAGGUCCAAAUAACAACUGGGGUCCCAAUGGGGGCGGUCCCAAUAACUGGGGCCCUAAUGGUGGUGGCCCCAACAACUGGGGUCCUAAUGGCGGUGGACCCAACAAUUGGGGACCAAACAAUAGAGGUGGACCCAACAAUUGGGGUCCAAAUAACAGAGGCGGCGGUGGUCCCAAUAACGGUGGCGGUCCUUGGGGUAGAAAUGGUGGAGGCCCUUGGGGCAAUAAUGGUCCUAAUAAUAACAAUGGUCCCUGGGCAAACAACAAUGGACCUUGGUCUAACAAUGGAGGCCCCAACAAUAACGGCCCAUGGUCAAACAACUCGGGUCCGGGUCCAGGUCCUUGGAAUAACAGUGGAGGUGGCGGCAAUGGCCCCAAUAACAAUUGGCCAAACAACAAUAAUUUUGGACCAAAUUUCCGUGGUCCCAAUAACAAUCGCAAUUUUGGCCCCAAUGGACCCAACAACUCAAACUUUGGUCCAAAUGGUCCCAACAGCCCCAAUAUGGGCCCGAACAAUCGUAACAACAAUGGCCCAAAUAAUACGCCUGUACGCAAUUUUGGCCGUGAUGGUCCUCAAAAUCAAUCGGACGACUCAACAAAUAAUGCUCAAACACCACGUAAUAUCAACAAUCCAUUCCGGCGCAAUGAAAGCUCCAAGACGCCCUCAUUGGAUGGUGGCAAUUCCCCAAAACCAUGGACAAAAGGCGGAGGAUCCUUUGGUGGUGGUGGUGAUGCAAACAAUUUCGAUUAUGGCGACAAUUACUUCCGACCAGUACAAGUCAUUGAUUAUGCAAACAAUGCUAAUGCACCACCAAAAGUGAUCGAUUAUGGACAUAAGCCAGUAACUGGUGGUGCUGCUGCUACAACAGAUGAUGCUAACUUUAGGCCCAUGAAAAUUUUCAAUUAUGAUCAUGCCUCGAAACCCAAUAAUGCCAAAGGUGGUGGCGGCGGUCCCAAUGCUGGCAAUAAGCGUGGUAAAAAUCGUCGAAAUAAACGCAAACAGCAACAACAACAGCAGCAGCAUAAUCGUGGAGAUCAAUCACAAAACAAACAACAACAGUCUAACAACAAUAACUCUAAUGCAAAUGAUAACUCAAAUCCAAAUCAAAAGAAUGCCGAACAAAACAAUGCAAACUCUUCAGAAAACCAAGAACAGCAUCACAAUAAUGAUGAAGAACAACUUGAAGAUAUUUCCGAUAAUGAAGAUUUACCCGAUCAAAUGGACGAAGAUGAAUAUGCACAACAACAACAUAGUCCAGCUCCACCACCGCCGCCCUUGUACAGCGGCUCAAGACCUGGAGGUCAAGCCCAGUUUUCAUCAUCAUUAGCAUCGCACUCAUCCAUAUUCCCCUCGACUGCCGAAGCCAAUGAAACUAUUACACAAAUGUCUGGGGAUCAUGUUCAAAUGUCCAUACCCACUGUGGAGAAUAAUAACACAAUCUCAAUUGAAGAAAUUCUCUUGCCACCGGGACGUGAUACACGUCCGAAAAAGAUAUGCAUUAUUUUGAGAGGUCCACCGGGUAGUGGCAAAUCGUAUGUUGCCAAGCUGAUCAAAGAGAAGGAAAAGGAAAUGAGUGGUAAUAAUCCGCGUGUUUUGAGCAUCGAUGAUUAUUUCUUAAUUGAAAAUGAUUAUGAAGAGAAGUGUCCGAAGACGGGCAAGAAGAUACCCAAGAAGGAGAUACUCUAUGAAUAUGACAAGGAUAUGGAGGAGACCUAUAUGCAAUAUUUGAUUAAAUCAUUUAAGAAAACAAUACUUGAUAAUUUUUACGAUUUCAUUGUUAUUGACUGCAAUAAUAAUUCACUGAGGACAUUGAAUGAAUUUUAUUGUCAUGCCAAAGAUUCUGGAUAUGUGCCCUAUAUUAUAGAUUUAUUCUGUGAUUUGGAUAUUUGCCUGGAAAAUAACGUUCACGAACGUACAGAGGCCGAUAUUAAGGAGAUCAUUGACACCUGGAAUCCCACCCCGUUCCAUUAUAUUAAACUGGACAUUGCCAGUUUGGUGGAGAAUGUUGUGGAAAUGGAAGAUGUAGAAGACAUGCCUGUGGAUGACAAUACGGUGAACGCGAAUGCCGAGAAUGCUACAGGUCAAACAGCCAAUGAUAAUGAAAAGGAAUCUGGAACAGCAGGUGAAACCACAAAUGAUGAUAAUACUAAAGAUUCCCAAGGCAAUGGUGAUAAUCAAGAUGAGGGUGGUGACGAGGCCGAAGAAAACAGCAAUGAUUCCACAGAAAAUUGUGGAUUUUUGAAAAGCAAAUGGGAAACUGAUACAACCACCGAGAAUUUGGCCCGCUUGGAUGGCACCAGUAAAUUGAAUUUAAAACGUAAACCAACCAUGGAGGAGUAUUUACAAAUGGAUGAAUGGGAACCCGUACCAACUAAAAGCAAAGGCAAAAAGAGGGUCCGUUGGGCUGACAUCGAAGAGAAACGUGAACAGGAAAAAAUGCGUGCUGUCGGUUUUGUUGUUGGUCAAACGGAUUGGAAACGUAUGAUGGAUCCAAAUGCUGCCAAACGUGCUCUGAACAAAACCAAAUACAUUGAACGUGUCAAUAAGCAGAGACGUUAAACACAAGCCUAUCUCCACUGCUCGCUCUCAAAAACAAAUUCUUAAAUUUCAUACAUCCCAUAGCGUAAUAUUCUUGUUUUUUUUUUUUUUUUUUUCAUUGCAAAAAUAUCCUAUUUUCAUUUAUAUUAAGUAUAGCAGCAACACCCUAGUAGUGAUUUAUGUGUUAUUUGCAUUGUCGUACGAUAACAAUUAAAUGAAAAAUGCUAACAAAAUAUUAUUAAACGUGAUGUUUUUGAACAAAAUAAUACCUUUUAUCUUCCCAUAUGGAUAAAUAGAGCUACUACAUUUAUUACAUGUAAUUAUUAUAAGGCAUUUUAAAAUAAAAUUAUGAAUUACUUUCAAUAUUUACGCAAUGUAUGACGUAUAUUUGAAA